ACCACAAAACAGGUUGUUCUGCCUUACAGACGAGAGACACAUAGACAGACGGUAAGAUUCACCUUCAAACCCAAACCACCAUUACCACUGAGACUGAAGAGAACACUGGGAGGACUGGGAAUGAUGGAAGCACUAAAUACUGAAGGUACUAUAAUGCUGCCUUUUCAACCUGCUGCUAGCUCCAUAUUCUGAAGCAGUUCUAGAGUUUUCAAGGAAAAAGGCGUGGCUCUCAUUUUUCCUGUUGGAGCCGUCUACUGGCUGCGUUCUCAGCUUUACUCAGAGACUAAAUGGCUUCCAGAUUAGAGGAGGAUCUCUGCUGUCCUGUCUGCCAUGACAUCUUUAAAGAUCCUGUCAUUAUGUCCUGCAGCCACAGCUUCUGUAAAGUCUGCCUGCAGAGCUGGUGGGCACACAAAGAAAAACGUGACUGUCCACUUUGUAAAAGAAGAUCCACAAAGGACAUACCAUCUCCGAACUUGGUGUUAAAGAACCUGUGUGAGAGUUUCAUAGAGGACAGACAUCAGAGAUCUGCUGAGGCUCUCUGCAGUCUGCACUCUGAGAGGUUCAAACUGUUUUGUCUGGACCAUCAGGAGCUACUGUGUGUCGUCUGCAGAGACUCAGAAAAACACAUCGACCACAGAUGCAGACCAAUCGAUGAAGCCGCACAACAACACAGAGAGGAACUUGAGGAAACUCUACAGCCCUUAAAGGAGAGGUUAAAGGUUUCUGAACGAGUUAAGGUGCAGCUUGCUCAAAAAGCAGCACACAUUAAAGUCCAGGCCCAACACACAGAGAGGCAGAUUAAGGAGCAGUUUAAGAAGCUCCACCAGUUUCUAGCAGAGGAGGACGAGGCCAGAGUGGCUGCACUGAGGGAGGAAGAGGAGCAGAAGACUGGGAUGAUGAAGGAGAAGAUGGAGGCUCUGAGAACAGAGAUAGCAGCUCUUUCAGACACAGUCAGAGCCACAGAGGAAGAGCUGAGAGCUGAAGACGUCUCAUUCCUGCAGAACUACAAGGCUGCAGCAGAAAGAGUCCAGUGCUGCCCCCUGCUGGAGGAUCCACAGCUGCUCUCAGGAGCUCUGAUAGAUGUGGCCAAACAUCUGGGCAACCUGAGCUUCAACAUCUGGAACAACAUGAAGGACAUGGUCUCCUACACCCCUCUCAUUCUGGAUCCAAACACUGCCAAUCCAGAACUGGUCCUGUCUGAAGAUCUGACCAGUGUGACACGAAGAAGGAGGCAGCAGCUUCCUGACAAUCCAGAGAGGAUUAAAAACUUCUGGUCUGUCCUGGGCUCUGAGGGCUUCAGCUCAGGGACUCACAGCUGGGACGUAGAGGUUGGAGACAGCACAGAGUGGACACUGGGUGUGUUAGAAGACUCCGUCCACAGAAAAGGGUUCAUACAGUCUGGAUUAUGGACAAUAGGUUUGUCUUUAGGUAAACGCAGAGCAGUCUCCCUGUUACAUCCACCUACAUUCCUCAAAUGGAAGAGGAAGCUCCAGAGGAUCAGAGUGAAUCUGGACUGGAACAAUGGAAUGCUGUCCUUCUCUGAUCCUGAUACCAACAUGUGCAUCCAAUGACAAACUUUAAAAAAUGAUUUCCCUCACAAUGAUGUUAAUUAUUAUUAUUAUUAUUAUUAUUAUUAUUAAUAAUAAUAAUAAUAAUAAUAAUAAUAAUAAUAAUAAUAAUAAUAAUAAUAAUAAUAAUAAUAACAACAAUAAUAAUAAUAAUAAGAAGAAGAAUGUUAAUCAGUUUACUUAAAAAGGGACUGUGUACAAUAUUAAACAUAAAUGUUGCCAUUUGAUGAAUUGUACCAGAGUUCGUUUUAAGCUCAUUUCCAUCUGCAGUCCCUCAGCAGGUCUCAAUGAAAGGAUCACAAUAUUAAAAUACCACAGAAAAGCUGGACGAUAAAAUACAUUACACAGUGAAACAAAACAUUACACACACAAACAAACAAACACACACACACACACACACACACACACACACACACACACACACACACACACACACACACACACACACACACACACACACACACACACACACACACACACACACACACACACACACA